GCAACAUAAUAUUUGAGGCAAGUUUGAAAAUAAUUUGGUUUUUUAAGGACAAAACAUCGAAAUCCUGGCUAUUUAUGAUGAUUUUUAAAUCCUCUCACCUCACGAAACAGCAGUAUUUUGAUAGUUCGUGAGUAAGGGAAAAAUUAUACGGCAAAUAUGCCUUCAAGUUCGUCACUUAGUGAUACAAGAAAGACCUUCGUUUUAACAACAACAGCAAACCAUUAUGGCUUGCCGUCUUCUGACGAGGCUUUUAAAGACCUACAUGACCGAAAGGAGCUAAACACUUUCCUUGAUGAUGGAAACUGCCCAAUCUUAGUUGCUAGAUGUGAUGCCAAGCAGAAGAAAAUUAACCUAAGUAAUAAUAUCGAUUCAACUACAACUACCGACAAACUAUUGUUAUUUUUCAAACUUCAACCUGCUGUUGUUACGCCGGAAAACUUGCAUGAGAAUGUGUUCGUAUCAUCCAUGCUAGAUUCUCCAAUCGAUACAUUUUAUCAUUCUGUGCAAAAAGUAUAUGCCCCUCUAUUGUUGAAAGAUGACAAUUGGAGUCAAAAAUUCGAUCCAAAGUUACAGACCUUACUAAGUGAACUUGAAACAGGUCUUGCUGCAGUUGUUCGCAAGCAGCAAUACUCUCAGACUGAGAAGAAAUCAUUGGAAAGUGAAGAAAAUGUUGGGGGGAUCUUGACACCUGAAGAUGAGUUUCAAUAUUGGUCAGAUGCAGCUGUGUCUGGUUACGAUUUGAGCGAGAGAGAAAGAGCUACAUACUUCCAAGAAAUAUUCCAAAAAGGUAAUGUCAGUCGUUCAUUCAGUAACUUGGAUAGCUUAGAACUUGAUGAUGUUUUGGAGUUGCUUGAAACAACUCAAGAUAUUUUGGAUGAACUAUGGAAACAGGAUGAACAUAAGCCAUAUUUGGAAGUCAGAAUGAGACAUAUUCUUGAGGUUAUGGCUGGAUCGUUAGCACGCUAUGUGCAAAGAAAACUGAGUUUGCUUGACAUUUGGUCUGGUUCAUUUGUCACGACUCGCGAUGAACUCCGCAAAGGAAUAUCUGUAUGUGAGCAUUGGGCGACUGUGUGUGAUACUUUAACAUCUCAUUUCUGGAAACGAUUUCCAUUGCAUCCUUGGGAAGGUGACAAGUUUACUCCGACUAUUGUUGUUCAGUUGACUGCAAGGCUCGAGGAGGUGGUGACAUUGCGAACUGUUCACGAACAACUUACACAUUUACUAAGUGUAGCCGAGUGUCAACAACUGAAAACAUCAGAGGCAUUUCUUCCAUUCUCUGGUCUUAAUCCACUCCAUCAUAACCCAUAUACAGAACCUUUAUGGCGAGCCGCAGUCGCACAGUAUGAGAAGGCUAUGAUGCCUGCCGAACAAAAGAUUGCUGGCAAAUUGAGAGAUCAGUUUCGCCAACUUUCCGGUCACUCCCACCAGCUGUUGCGAGAAUUUCUACGUUACAAAGAACUGGUGAAAAGAUCAAGUAUUAAAAAGGAACUUGCACCGGAAAGGGAAACACUUCUUGGUCAAUUAACAGUGCACAUAAAGAGUAUCCAGGAAGACUUUUCAUCAAAAAGUGGAGGGUAUUCUGGAGGAAGUUCUGAGGUACCCAAGGGGAAGAAUCUACCAGAUGUUGUUAAUAGUAUUGUUUGGGUCAACCAGCUCCAAUCUAAGGUAACUGAAACGCUGAAGACGGCAGAGCAGCUUUUAGGUGAUUUAUCUGGUUUCCAGGCUUUUACGAAACAAGCCUCUGACCUACAUGACGAAUUAAAGUUAUAUCAAAGAGAACAGUUUGAGUCGUGGUCCCACGAUAUACAAACUUCAAUUGCGAACCCUAACAAUUCUUUGAGUUUACAAACAAAUGGUCGACUGAUGGAGUUAAGUCAUGCCGAUGGCAAGCUAAAAGUUCAUUACAGCGAACGUCUGGUGACAUUAAUACGUGAGGUUCGCCAGCUUGCUGCACUUGGUUUUAACAUACCUGGCAAAAUACAGUCGACUGCGGACGUGGCAAACAAGUUUUAUAGACAUGGUGUCAUUUUGAAACAGGUGGCUCAUUUUUAUAACACCAUCGAUCAACAAAUGAUCCCCAGUCAACAAGCCAUGAUGUUGGAUUCUGCUCUUGCGUUUGAGAAGCUUGUGAAAAAUCCCAAGUCAAAUUCCCGCAGCAGUGACAAAAAGACACAAGUCACGUGGGACAAUCCGACCGAACUAGAAAACUAUAUCAACAAGUUGCAGAAGGCCGCUGAUCGUUUAACAACUGAGAAUAGAAGGCUGAGAAAAUGUCAUCAAGUUAUUGGGGAAAAGGUUAUCCACUUGAUGAGCGUGGACUUGUUGAGACAACAAUCACGAUGGAAGGAAGGUUUACUGGAAAUCAGGCAGAUUAUUGCAAAUCUUGUGCAACAGGGUUUUAAAGCUGAGAACAUGAAGCCGUGGAAGAUGCAUUGGGAUCGUCAGUUGUAUAAAGCAUUGGAACAUCAAUAUCAGUUGGGAUUGGUAGCUCUUAACCAAAAUCUACCAGAAAUUAAAAUCGAGCUGAUAUUCAAGCAACAGAGAUUGCAAUUUCGUCCACCGUUUGAAGAAGUACGAGCUAAAUAUUACAGAGAAAUGAAAAAGUUCAUAUCAAUCCCUCUUCAUUUCCGUGGAGUGAGCGAUGACACGAGUAUAUAUCCUCCACUUAUUGAACACCAUGCUUCAGCAUUCUCGGUAGUUUACGCAAAAGCUGAAAAAUUAUUUACUCGAUUAUCAAAGAUAUUGGAUGACUUUAAGGACUGGGUUACGCUUGGCAUGGUCGACAUUGAUGCAAUGGUCGAUGAGCAUCUUCAGUCCACUAGCGACUGGGAGAAAAAUUUUAAGGCGAUCAAAGCCAAAGGAAGAGAGGCAGAGAAAUUACCCGGAUCUAUAAAAGUGGACUGCAUCACCGUUUCAACAUCGCCGGUGAAGACAACUAUUGACGAUCUCAUACAGCAGUUAUUUGAUGCAUUGCUCAACUCGCUAAGACGAAAUAUCAUUAAUCAUAAACAGACCAUUGAGAAUUUCGUCACCGAAGGAAUGGAAGCUCUAUCGACGAGACCACAAACUGUAGAAGAGAUUGGCUUAGCAAAUGCAAAACACGAGGAGUUGAGCAAACGAAUUCCUGAAAUCCACCCACUGUUUGAGAAAGCUGAAUCCCAAAACAAAUUACUGCGGUCAACGGCUGGUGAAGGAAUUGAGCAGAUUGGUCAGUUGAAAGGAAGAUGGGAUAAAUUCGAACUGAUGAUGGAAAGUCAUGAAUUGAUGAUCAAAGAACAGGUUGAAGUAAUGAAAAGCAACGUUGAAUCAAGAGUAAAUGCAUUCCAGCAAAAUCUGGAGAAGUUUGCUGCUCGAUGGCAUCAGUUGAAACCGAAAGAUAUUGAUAUGGAGGGAGACAACGAAGCAUGUAUCAACGCUGUGAAGUCUAUCAAGGAACGGAGAGCUGAGUUUAAUGAAUUAGAAGAAAGCAAAGAAAAAUUGAUUUUUGAAUGCAAACACUUCGGUGUUCCAGAACCAGAAUUCCCUUUGGCUAAUGAACUAAAGACAGAUAUCGAAGAAUACGAGUCGAAUUGGAUUCUGUUUGAACAGUUCAAUAAUGGUUUGGGCGAAUUAACCAAAGAAGACUGGAUUUCAUUCAGAGGACAUACAUAUAAAUUUGAAGAAUUUCUCAUGAUCUGGACAGACGAACUAAAGAAUCGUGAACCAACGACCAUGACAGUACGGUUGCAGAAAGAAGUGGACAAAUACAAGAUCAUCCAUCCUUUGCUGAAAUUCGUGAGAGGUGAACAGUUAUCCCCGGAUCACUGGCUCGACAUGUUUAGGUUUUUAAAAUUACCGAGAGGAACGACACUAGAGAAACUGACGUUUGGAGAUAUCAUCAAAGUUGCGGAUGAAAUCAUCGCGAAUGCCGACGCUAUCAAGGAAUUAAAUAGUCGCGCUCAAGGUGAAGUUUCUAUUCGUGAAGCUCUACGUGAGUUGGAGUUGUGGGGCGCUGGUGCUGUAUUUUCAUUGACUGCUUACAUGGAUUCUUCAGACAAGGAAAUUUCGAUUAUUAAAGAUUGGAAAGAUCUUGUUAAUCAGGUCGGCGAUAAUCAGUGUCUACUCCAGUCUCUAAAAGAUUCCCCAUAUUACAAAGGAUUCGCUGAUAAAGCUUCGUUAUGGGAGACACGUUUGGCUGAUCUUGAUGAAUAUCUUCAUAAUCUCAACCAAAUUCAAAGAAAAUGGGUUUACUUGGAACCAAUUUUUGGCCGUGGUGCCCUGCCUAAAGAACAGGGAAGAUUUAGAAGUGUCGAUAAUGAUUUCAGGUCAAUCAUGGCGGACGUUAAGGGAGACAAUCGUGUUCUGUCUCUUGUUGCAAGAUCUGGUAUCCGGAAUAUGCUGGUAAAUUUGUUGGAUCAACUUCAGCGAUGUCAGAAAUCACUAAAUGAAUUUCUGGAGGAAAAGCGAUCUCUCUUUCCAAGAUUUUAUUUCAUUGGCGAUGAUGACUUACUUGAAAUUCUUGGUCAAUCUACAAAUCCAGUAGUCAUUCAAUCUCAUCUCAAGAAGUUGUUUGCGGGUAUACACAACGUUGAGUUUGACGACGGAUGCAAGAAUAUCAUUGCAAUGAAGUCUUUGAAAGGAGAAGUUGUGGCACUUAAACGGCCAGUUGCGGUCACCACUGAGGUUGAGGUUUGGCUAGGUAACCUCGCGAACGAGAUGAAGGAUACUUUGAAAGAGUUAUUAGUGGAGUGUUUAAACGCUGGUAAAAAGGGUUCAAAAACUGGCGUUGAUCCUUCCAUGUAUCCAUCACAGAUUUUAUGCCUUGCGGAACAAAUUCAAUUCACCGAAAGAUGCGAAGCGGCAAUUCGCAGUAAAAGUUUGCAAGAAUUCUCAAUCGAGAUGGAAUCUCAGUUAGAUUCGUACGCCAAUACAGAUAUUUCAAAUGGCGCUGGAGAUGCCGCCAGCGCUGUGUUGGAACUCAAAUGUAAAGCAUUGAUUUUGGACACAAUUCAUGCAAUUGAUGUGGUUCAAAGUCUAAUCCAAAAUAACGUUAAGUCCUCUGAAGAAUGGUUGUGGCAAAAACAACUUCGGUUCUACAUUGAAAAAGGUCAGUGCAAGAUCCGCAUGGUGGACGCAGAAUUUGACUACACUUACGAAUACCAAGGCAAUGCUGCCAAGUUAGUACACACUCCUUUGACAGACAAGUGUUACCUAACAUUGACUCAAGGUAUGCAUAUGGGACUGGGUGGAAAUCCAUACGGACCUGCUGGUACUGGUAAAACUGAGUCAGUGAAAGCCCUUGGUGGAUUGUUUGGAAGACAAGUGCUGGUAUUUAACUGUGACGAGGGAAUCGAUGUGAAAUCAAUGGGUCGUAUAUUUAUUGGCUUGGUAAAAUGUGGAGCUUGGGGUUGUUUUGACGAGUUUAAUCGUCUUGAAGAAGCAGUUUUAUCUGCGGUCUCAAUGCAAAUCCAGACAAUCCAGGCUGCUGUCAAAAGACGAGAAUCUCACACAGAGUUAUUGGGAAGACAGGUUGAUCUUGAUCCAAACUCUGGGAUAUUCAUCACACUAAAUCCAGCGGGAAAAGGUUAUGGUGGUCGUCAGAAAUUGCCAGAUAAUCUGAAACAACUCUUCCGCCCUGUGGCUAUGACAAAACCUGAUAUUGAUCUCAUCGCCGAAGUUAUCAUGUUUUCCGAAGGCUUUAAGGAAGCCAAGAGUCUUGGCAGGAAACUUGUGUCAGUUUUCAACUUGUCUCGGGAACUUUUAUCAUCGCAACAGCACUAUGACUGGGGUUUAAGAGCCAUGAAAGCUGUCCUGCCAUGCUGUGGAAGUCUUUUACAGGCUUUGAAGCAGUCCGGAAGCCAAGUGGAUACCAAAGUGGAAGCAAAAGUUGUUGUGCAAGCGUUGCGACUUAAUACUUUAUCAAAGUUGACGUUUGCUGAUUUGAAAAGAUUUGAUGGUCUUGUGCGAGAUACUUUUCCCAAUGUCGAGUUUCAAGAUGUGGAUUAUGAGAAGUUGGCUGAUGCUGUCAGAGAGUCUGCUCAGGAACUUAAUCUUGUUGUCAUGCCAACACAGAUCAAGAAGACACUCGAGCUUUACGAGCAACUUCGUCAGCGCAUGGGCGUGGUCGUUGUCGGACCGUCAGGUUCUGGAAAGACAAUACUGUGGAAACUUCUCCGUACCGCACUUGGUAAACUCGAUCAAGUUGUUAAACAAUAUACUAUGAAUCCGAAAGCAAUGCCUAGAACCCAGUUGCUUGGUCAAAUCGAUAUGGACACACGCGAGUGGACGGAUGGAGUACUAACUUAUGCUGCUCGUCAAGUCGUGAAAGAACCUAAAGAAAUUCAUUCGUGGAUCAUCUGUGAUGGUGACAUUGACCCGGAGUGGAUUGAGUCUCUUAAUUCUGUCCUUGAUGAUAACCGUUUACUAACCAUGCCAUCUGGAGAGCGUAUUCAAUUUGGUCCUAAUGUUAAUUUCUUAUUUGAAUCCCACGAUCUGAGCUGUGCUUCUCCUGCUACCAUUACAAGGAUGGGAAUGAUAUUCUUAAGUGACGAAGAUAUCGAUGUGAAAGCGUUGGUAAAAUCAUGGUUACACGAUCAGUCUGAGGAGCAACGUCAUAUUGAAGGAUGGAUUGAAGACUAUUUCUACAAAGCUUUGGAUUGGGUUCUGAAGCGUAACGAUUUUGUAGUUGAAACGACUCUUGUAGGAGUUGUUAUGAACGGCUUAUCACAUAUGAAAAACAUUAAAACGAAACUGGAGUUUGUCUGUGCCUUGCUGAGAGGCUUGGGCUCGAACCUGAAUUCGGCGGCAAAAAAUGACUUGGCUAAAGAGAUUUUCCAUUGGUCUCAUGAAAUACCCCCAGAUCAAAAACGGCCACUGGAUUCGUAUUACGACAGCAAAAUUGAUCGGCUUUGCUCGUACCAGUUAGAAGUUCCCGAUUCCCUCACUGCAGAGGAUCUUGUUAAUACCUCGGGCUACCUACCUGUUAUCAAGACAGGUGACAUCAAGCGGCAAUUAGAUUUCUUUAAUCCUUGGUUACAGCCCAACAAUAGACAACCGUUCAUUCUUGUUGGACCGGAAGGGUGUGGCAAAGAGUUGCUUCUUCGUCAUUGCUUUGAGAGUUUGCGUUCAACUCAAAUAGCGAUGGUGCACUGCAGUGCCCAAACCUCUCCGGUUCACGUUCUACAGAAACUGCAACAAACAUGCAUGGUGAUUAGCUCGAAUACUGGUAGAGUUUACAGACCGAAGGAUUGUGAGCGGCUGAUUUUGUAUCUGAAGGAUAUUAACCUGCCGAAACCUGACAAGUGGGGAACAAGUCAACUGAUUGCGUUCAUGCAACAGGUGCUUACCUACAAGGGUUUCUACGACACGAACCUGGAAUGGGUUGGUCUAGAAGGUGUUCAAAUAGUAGCUUCGAUGACUGCUGGGAGUGGACUUGGACGCCAUAAGUUAACCAGUCGAUUUACGUCCGUCGUACGAAUUUGUGCUAUUGAUUAUGCAGACAACGAACAGCUUCAAGCUAUAUACAGUGCUUAUUUACGACCUGUGCUUCACCAUAGCUUGUCUUCACAUCCUGUUUGGGGCGCUGUAAGAAAUAUUCAAACACUAGCUCAUACUAUGAUCACGGUCUAUGAACAGAUACGUUCCAAGUUCACCGUUGACGACCGUUCUCAUUAUCUGUUUACGCCGCGGGAUCUAACAAACUGGGUGUUAGCAUUAUUCCGAUAUAUUGUUGACAGUUCUUCAAUAGGAACAACCGCAGAACAUCUUCUAGAGAUAUGUGCUUAUGAAGCAAGACGUUUGUUUAGAGAUCGUAUGGUUGGGGAACAUGCUGAGAAAUGUGAUAACAUCAUUAAGUCUGUAAUACGUUCUGAUUGGUCAGUUCAUCUGGAUAACCUGGAUACUUCGUAUUACGUUACAUGGGGUGGCUCUGCAAAAGCAGUUGCUGCCGAGCAGACAGAAGCUACGGCUAGUACCAGUUCUACAAGUCUUCAUGCGUUCGGACGUCCUUUGGGACGUUUAGAUCCAACCGAUUUGAAACAAGUUCUUGCUAAAGGAAUGAUAACAUACGGUCGUGAAAACAAGGAGUUGGAGGUUUUGAUAUUCAGAGAGGUUUUGGAAAAUAUUGCUGUUGUUGAUCGUGUGAUAACCAAACCUGGUGGUUCGUUAUUAAUGGCUGGUCGUAGUGGCGUGGGUCGAAGGACUGCAGUAUCACUGGUAGCGCACAUGCACAGCAUUGAACUCUUUACACCCAAGAUAUCACGUGGAUACCAGUUGAAACACUUUAAAAAUGACCUUAAGACGGUAAUGCAACUGACUGGUAUAGAAGGAGAACAAGCUGUGUUGCUUUUGGAAGAUCAUCAGUUCCUCGAACCAUCAUUUCUAGAACUUAUCAACAGUCUUUUAAGUGCAGGAGAGAUCCCAGGUUUGUAUACUCCUGAAGAAUUGGAACCUCUACUCACCCCACUGAGAGAUCAAGCUUCUCAAGAUGGCUUCCGUGGAACGCUUUUUUCGUAUUUUGCCUCGCGUGUUAGCAAGAAUCUUCAUGUCGUAUUAAGUAUGGAUUAUUCUUCUCCAACAUUCACUGCAAACUGUGAAUCUAACCCGAGUUUUUUCAAGAGUUGUACGUUCGUUUGGCUGGACGGCUGGAGCCGUGAGAGUAUGAUGAAAGUGCCAGUUAUGUUUUUAAGUGAAGAGGAAAUGCAUGUUUCCCAGAAAGCAAAGAAAAGUUCUGGAAAUGAAGAUGGAAUUUCUAAGGGUUUCUUACAAAUCCAUGAAUCAUGUGUUAAUCGCGGAGCUACGCCAAGGAAAUUUAUGACCUACUUAAAAACGUACAAAUUUAUAUUUUCUGGAAAGAAACAGGGCAUUGUCACCAAGCAGCAACAUUUACAGGCUGGAGUUUCCAAACUAACUGAAGCAAAGGAUUUGGUUCACAGUUUGAAACAGAAAGCCGCUCAACAGAGUACUGAAUUGGCAGAAAAACAGGCUGAAGCUGAUGCAGCAUUACAAGAUAUUACAGCCAGCAUGCAGCGAGCAAGUGAAUCGAAAAGUGAGAUGGAAGUGUUGAAGCAAAAGCAAGGUGAAGAAGCGGUGAAGUUGGAAAAACGUAAAAAAGCGAUCGAUAUUGAAUUGUCUGACAUCGAACCUCUUAUCCGGGAGGCCAAAGACGCUGUUGGGAAUAUCAAACCGGACUCUUUAUCGGAAAUACGAUCACUGAGAAUGCCUCCUGAUGUUAUUCGCGAUAUUCUCGAGGCUGUCUUGCGUCUUAUGGGAAUAUUUGAUACCUCUUGGGUCAGUAUGAAGAGUUUUCUUGCUAAGAGAGGUGUGAAAGAUGAAAUUUGUUCUUUUGAUGCUCGAAAGAUCACUCCCGAAAUAAGGGCUAGUGUUCAAGAACUAUUGGAUAAAAACGCAAAUUCAUUCGACGCAAAGAUGGCUAAACGUGCCAGCACUGCAGCCGCUCCCCUGGCAUCAUGGGUAAAGGCAAAUGUGAAAUAUUCUGAAGUUUUAGAGAAGAUUGAACCAUUGGAACAAGAGCAAGAAAAAUUGCAAAGGAACCUUCAGAAAUCUCAAAAUCGCAUGGAAAAAUUAAAGAAGGCUUUAGACGAGGUUGACCAGCAGGUAGCUGGUAUGAGGAAAAGGUUUGAGCAACGUACUCAGGAAGCAACGCAACUUAAAAUUGAGUUGGAUAAAGCACAAGAAACUAUCACAGCUGCUGAGACACUCGUUGGUAAACUGGAGGGAGAAUUUAAGAGAUGGACAGGCCAGGUUCAAGAGCUAGCAGCUGAGCUGGAUCAGUUACCCAAGAGAGCGCAGGUUGCUGCAGGUUUCAUCACUUAUUUAAGUGACGCACCUGAAGAUGUCCGGAAAACAUUGAUGACGGAGUGGUGCGAGAACGUCGGCUUGCAAGGAUUUGAUUUCAGAAGAUUUGUCAGCAGUGAAAGUGAACAGCUUAUCUGGAAGUCAGAGGGCCUACCUUCAGAUGACUUAUCCAUGGAGAAUGCAAUGGUUAUUUUAAAGAGUCAAAUGACACCAUUUUUGAUCGAUCCAUCCUCCAGAGCAACUGCUUGGUUAAAAAACCACCUGAAAGAACAACGUUUAGAAGUCGUUAAUCAACAGGACGCUAACUUUUCAACAACAUUAGAACUGGCUGUCCGUUUUGGUAAAACAUUAAUAAUUCAAGAGAUGGAUAGUGUUGAACCAAUUCUUUAUCCAAUCAUAAGAGGUGAUUUAAUCAGUCAAGGUCCGCGAUAUGUCGUGCAGGUUGGAGAAAAAAUAAUAGAUUAUAACGAAGAUUUCAAGUUGUUUAUGACGACACGUAAUCCAAACUUGGAACUACCUCCUGAUGCAGCUUCUAUCAUUGCGGAGGUGAACUUCACAACAACACGAGCUGGUCUGACGGGUCAGUUGUUAGCUAUGACGAUUCAACAUGAGAAACCAGAGCUGGAGGUGAAAAAGACAGAACUUUUGAAGAAAGAGGAAGACUUGAAAGUUCAAUUGGCAGAACUGGAAGAGUCUUUACUUGAGACUCUAGCGAAGGCAGAAGGCAAUAUUCUUGAAAACAAAGCAUUACUGGAUUCAUUGAACAAAACAAAAGCAAGCAGCACAACCAUUACAGAAUCUCUUAAUGAUGCACAUACCAUUCAGACCACGCUCGACAAGGAAAGAGACGCAUUCCUUCCUCUGGCCGAAAACGGCAGUACAUUAUUCUUUGUCAUCAGUGAUUUGACCAAAGUCAAUAACAUGUAUCAAUUCAGUCUGGGUGCAUUUUUGAGGACUUUUCAACGUUCUCUGGAAUUACCUGAUGAUUCGUGUACAACAGAUUCUCGCAUAAAAACAUUGAUGGGUUCAUUGCAGUCAUUGUUAUAUGACUAUGUUUGUAGAUCUUUGUUCAAGGCUGAUAGGUUGAUGUUUGCUUUGCACAUGGUCCAUGGUAUGAGACCAGAUGCUUUUAAGGAAAACGAAUGGGAAUUCUUUACUGGACUCCUUGUAGCAGAUGUUUUUAAACGACAGGAUUCCAGCAGGAGUUUGACUGAUACAUUACCAUCCUGGAUUGAUCCCGAUAGAUUCUCCGCUGUUGGAGCUUUGAAGAGUGUGUUUGGUAAUUUGUUUGGACAACUGGACUUCAAUAACUCAGAUCAGUGGUCAGCGUUCUCACGUAGUUCUCAAUGUGAACAAGAAUUUCCACCAUCAAUUGCAAAAAAGAUCACUCUGUUUCAACAACUCUUGACAGUGCAAGCUCUACGACCAGAUAGAUUGCAAAGUGCUAUGAUUCAAUUUGCUUCCAAAGCCCUAGGAUUUAAGGAGCUUUCUCCGCCAGCAGUCAAUCUUAAAAAGUUGUUGAAGGAGACGGUUUGUCGUGAACCAAUACUGAUUGUGAUAUCACCUGGUGCUGAUCCAUCUCAGGAAUUACAAGACAUGGCGGCGGAGGUGAUUGGUUUAGAGAAAUUCCACCAGGUUGCUAUGGGCCAGGGACAGGCUGAUAUUGCCAUGCAGUUGUUGCAUGAUUGUGCAAGAAAUGGGGAAUGGUUGUGCUUGAAGAAUUUGCAUUUAGUAAAUGCAUGGCUUCCGACAUUGGAGAAGGAAUUGAAUUCGCUGAAUCCUCAUGAAAAUUUCCGUUUGUGGCUUACAGCCGAAAGUCAUCCUAAAUUUCCUACCAUUUUGCUUCAGACCAGUCUUAAAGUGACGUACGAGUCACCGCCAGGAAUAAAGAAGAAUUUACAAAGAACUUACGAAUCAUGGACGCCUGAAUUCAUUAAACGCGGAGAAUCGUCUGUUCGUGCCCAGGCUCUUUUUGUAUUAGCUUGGUUCCAUGCGGUCGUUCAAGAGAGAAGAAAUUAUAUUCCUCAGGGCUGGACGAAGUUCUACGAAUUUUCACUGAGCGACCUGAGAGCCGGUGCUGAAAUUAUCGAUCGGUUAUGCCUAAAUGCUGCAGGUGGAUCUGAGGUUCGCUGGAAUUUCGUGCAUGGGUUAUUCGAGAAUGCGAUAUAUGGUGGUCGUGUUGAUAAUACAUAUGAUCUCAAUGUGCUGAAGUCUUAUUUACAACAAUAUUUUGAACCCAAUGUCGUUACUGGUGGUCAGUCAUCUCGUGGUCGAGGAAAACGGGUGAUACCUAAUGUUUCCUUGCCAACAUCCUGUCACUUGGAGGACUACAAAGGAACGGUGAAUUCCCUUCCUGAAACAGACAAGCCUUCAUUUUUUGGUUUACCGGCAAAUAUUGACAGAUCUGCACAGAGAAUUGUCAGUUCACAGGUGAUAUCGCAGCUUAAAGUUCUCAUGCGCUCAACUGUGGCUGCUAAUAAGUUUGAUCGUGAAAAAUGGAGUGUUGAAUUAUCGCCAUUCUUGAACUUAUGGAAGAAGCUGAACCAGGGCUCUCAACUGAUCCAAAUGAAACUUGCCCCACCAUCAGAUAAAGGAGAGUCACCUGUCACCUCAUUUGUUCAACUGGAGCGUUAUAAUGCUAUUCGGUUGGUCCAACAUGUUCAUGGCUCAUUGGCAGCUCUUAGUAAAGUUAUUAAAGGAACCACUCUUCUCACUGCUGAAACUCAAAACCUCGCCACCUCACUAAUGAAACAAGAGGUUCCGGAUACUUGGUGUAAGAGCUGGGAAGGGCCAGGUGAUCCAAUUCAGUGGUUGCGAUCACUGGUUGCCAAAACACUUGCCUUGGGAUCAUGGGUUGAGAAAUGUGAGAAAAAAGCAUUACUAAGAGAUACGAUUGACCUCUCCGAACUAUUCCAUCCUGAUACAUUUUUAAAUGCUCUGCGUCAACAGACUGCAAGAGCCAUGAAAUGCUCCAUGGAUGAAUUGAAGUUUGCGGCAACAUGGAAAAGUUCGGGAAUCCAAGGAGCCAAAUUCUCUAUAAAGGUUGGGGGGUUGCAGUUAGAAGGCUGUACUUUUGAUGGCACAAUACUAGUAGAAAAUCAACGUGAUUCAUCGACUGUUUCAGCAGUACCACCUUGUACUAUUGCUUGGAUUAUGAAGAAUCAGCCGGAUGCAUACAACAGUAAUGAAUGUCUUACCCUUCCUGUUUAUUAUACUAUGGACCGUGAGAGAUUGAUGACAAGCAUGAACGUGCCGUUUGGAGGAGAGAGAAGUCAGUGGAUUCAAUGCGGAGCUGCUCUUUUUCUCAAAAACCAAUAAUUCCACGCUUUAAUUAUGGUUGUUAUUUUGAUCCAAAUGUUGUCUGUCAUGUUGCAUGUAAACAUGAUCUUCUAAUUUUAGAAGUCAGGUGCAAAACAAAACAACUUCCAGCAUGCUACAAGGUCACUGAAGCGACAUAAUUGUCGAGAAUUAAACACGUAAUCGCAUUUCAGCCGUACCGAGCGUUUAUAUACAUGAAUAUAAAUCAGAAUUUAUGAUGUCGUUAUUUGUCACUUUGUUCAUUUUAAGCAUAAUCACCUCCUUUUGAGAAUUUAAUUCACCAUAUAUAUAUAUAUGAAUUGUGACCAUUUGAAACUUUUUUGGACUUGCCCAUAGAGUUUAACUAAUUUAUCGAUAUGCAAGGUAUUUAUAAGUAACGUGUACAAAUUUAAAUUAUUAAAAUCCCUAGUUGUAUUGUGGUACUGAUCUGCUUUACAUAUAUCAAAUUCAGCCAAGGUUAUAUUGACCAGAAAACAUAGUAGGUUGGAGGAACACUGAUGUAACAUCGUUCAAAAACAAGUUGUCAACAACUUAUUGUGAUCGUGCAUGAAUAUAUUUUUCAUAUGUGGUAAGCCACGGACGCUAUUAGAAAUGUUCUGCCGCGAAUAGCAAAGGACAAUUGCGCAUGCGCUGUGUUCACCUUGGACAUGCGUGCGUCAUUAGGUAACUAUAAAUCCAAACAAAAGUACGGAUAUCAAUAAGCACCGUGUUAAAUUGAGUUACGGUUCAAUGUUGGAUUUUAUUUUGCUAAUGAUGCCGGAUAAAUAUAUUACAAUUAAAAUGAUUUUACUGCUCGUAUUAAUUGUGAGACGCAACAGGCAAAGUAAAUAUGACGCGUUGGAGUAAUUGGUGGGAUCAAAACAAUUUUCUAUUUUUACCAGUUUUAAUGUAGAGGCUGCUCAAUGUCCGCAAAUGCGUGCGACAUGCGUCGUGGUGUGGGUCAAUUUGAGUUGUUUUCUAAUAGUGUUUUACGACUAGUACGCCCACUGCAUUUCUCGUUCUCCCAAAUUCCCACGCGUGUUUCUAUAACUGUAU